CCGCAGAGGUCAAGUACGAUACAAUUAAAAUAAUCACGAGCAUUAUACACACAGAGACGGAGAAAGCAGGUUUUAAAAAGGACAACUCAAGUGUGAAAACUGAAAAGGAGAGAAGACGAAGAAGAUGAAGAAUUAAAGCUAAGGUGUGGUCACAUGAUUUCCAACAAUCCGAAGGGAGCAAUCAGUCGCAUAUGAUCUUUUACCCAUAAAGACCAAAAAUAAUGUGAGUAUGUUAUUAUGUAUGCAUGCUGGAAUUUAAUUAAAGCUCGAACUUGAGCACCAAAAUUCCUUGGUUUUUCAUGGUUAUACCAUCAAAGUCAUAGGGUAUCUCUGCACUUGGAGGACUUUAUUAAUUUCCACUGUCAACAAUAAACCUAGCUUCUCAGAAACAUAUAUACCUUAUCUCCGUCUUGACUGAUCGAUUUUGUUCUCAUCUCUAUACCGCAUGGAAGAAGUGGGUUGGCCAGCAAAUUGUUCGAUCAACUGCAAGAAGGAUUGAGGCGCGCAGCAACUGUAACCAGCUGAUUAAGAAGAAACAAUUCAUCCGUACAUCUUGGGAAUUGUAAGUUGCUAGCAGGUGCCAUGAUGAAUGAGCUGGAGUUAAUUGGUGAUCAGAAAGAAAAGACUGACAAAAAUAUUAGUGAGGACCAAGCAGAAAACAUAUCGGUGGGUUCUUCCCAGAAAUGCUCAUGCUUUGAUUUAAAUGAAGAAGCUAGCGAUAACAGCGACAAUGAUAUUAGCAAUGCCAACGUUAACCUGGCUGAUCAUGAACUUAGUACAGUUAGAAAUGAUGAAAGAAGAGCCCUAGCCCAGGGAAACAUUAAUAGUAAUGCAGCUAAUAGUAGUAAUAGCUCUAGGGUUAAAGUAAGGCCAUAUGUACGAUCCAAACUACCUCGUCUGCGGUGGACACCCCAACUCCAUCUUUCAUUUUUGCAUGCUUUGGAAUUACUGGGAGGGCAUGAGAGAGCAACUCCCAAGUUGGUUCUUCAGCUAAUGAAUGUGAGAGGACUAAGCAUUUCCCACGUAAAGAGUCACUUGCAGAUGUAUCGAAGUAAGAAGCUUGAUAGGGAUGGUCAAGUAGUAUCUGAUGAGAAAACUUACGACUACACGGAUGGAAGAGAAUCAACGGAUCACAUACCUAUCUUCGUUUCGAGGUCAAGUUCUCUGACAAAGAAAGAAGUCGUACAAUGCAACAAUUUGAACAAAGCUUUGCAUCAUACAAGCACUACUCCCAUAAACCCUAGCCGAUUACAUGAGGAAAAGAGGUGGCCUCCAUUUCAAAGCAUUAGCAAAAGCUGGAGGGCCAGAAGAUUUGCUUCCAACAAUAUCAAUUGGUCAAAUAGUCAUAACGGCUCAUCCCAAUCUGAUAUAAUGCAUCAUAUGAUUAGCAACAGACCAACAGAUCAUGAUCUACGUUGUUGGAACCUUGAAGGUCAUAGCAAUUCAAGUAGCUACAAGCAAGAAUUCGAACCGCCAUUUAGGUUUGAGUGGAACAAGGAAAAAAUUUUGAAGUACAAGGAAUGGAUGCCUGAUUUGGAGUUGGGUCUGCAGAGCCAAAGAGUUUGGAAUGAGAUCAAUGACGAGACUCAGCAUCAUCAGACGAUUAGUCACGCAGAAGAACAUUAUGAAACUGUGCAAGGAGUUAUAGAGACUUCACAACGUCACAAAGAUCAUCAAUUCGAGGACAUGAAUAGCAAACAAGAAACUAUUAGCACCAAGCUUUCCCUUUCUCUUUAACUAUUAUUAGUCCACCCCAUAUCGUCAACUAUAUAUCCUCAACAUGGUAAAUAGCUGAAAUGAUCCAAACAAAAUCACAGUAAUGUAAACAACCUUUGUAGCCAGGCCACAUUUUGAGCCUGAAUUUCUCAACUAUAUGAUGAAAAUAUAACUAUUAUGUAUGAGUGAGAUUUUUUUUUCUUC